AUGUUAAAACUCCUCCGCCCGCGGACCUUCCUCGCGCAGGGGUCGUCGGUGUUGCGACGAAUGCGGCCACCACCAAACAUACUCAAGCCAAACACAAUCUCAACCUCGCACCAUCGAGCCCUUCCGUCCCCGAACCCGACCGGUCCCGACCCGGUGGCCCGCCCGUCAGAACGACCGACUCCCUCCCAACUCCACCACCCCUCCAACACCACAAACUCCCCACCCCAACAACAACAACUCCGCGCCUACAACUACCACCCAAGCGGCAACCGGAGCCCACCACCCCGCUCACCAGCAGCGUACACCGACCCGGCGCACCGCGACGCGCAACUCCGCGCCGCCAAGCCCCUGAUCCACUGGCGCGGCUUCCGCGCCCUCAACACCCCCUCCACCUACACCAUCAUCCUGGUCGCCGGCGGCGGCGCCCUGGCCUUCUACUUCUCCAACCUCGAGACGGUGCCCGUGUCGGGCCGCACGCGCUUCAACGCCUACGGCGCCGACUCGGUGCGCAAGGCCGGCGAGAUGGAGCACCGCCGCCUGCUGUGGCAGCUGGAGCAGCAGGGGGUGGGCCUGCUGUCCGAGUGGGAUUUCCGGACGAUGAGGGUGAGGAGGGUGAUGGAGCGGCUGUUGCCGUUUAGUGGCAUGGAGGGCGAGGAGUGGGAGGUGAGUGUGGUGGAUGCCCCGCGCACGGCGAAUGCCUUUGUGCUGCCGGGCGGGAAGGUGUUUGUGUUUAGUGGGAUUUUGGGGGUGGCGAGGAGUGAUAGUGCGUUGGCGACCGUGUUGGGGCAUGAGAUUGCGCAUAAUCUGGCCGAUCAUCAUGGGGAGAGGCUCAGUCAGGAUAUUGGGGCGAGUAUAAUGCUGUGGAGCAUGGUCGUUCUGGGUGGAGCGUUUGGGUUGGGCCCGUUGAUUAUGCAUUUCUUCGGGUCGCGGUUCCUGGACGUCGCCUUUGGGUUCCCCAUGAGCAGGCUGCAGGAGAGCGAGGCGGAUUAUAUCGGCCUGAUGAUGAUGUCCGAGGCGUGCUACGACCCCCGGGAGGCGGUGAGCUUCUGGGCGCGGAUGGAGAAGGCCUCGGGGGAGGAAGUGCCGGAGUGGAUGAGCACGCAUCCGGCUAACCUAAACAGGAUCAAAAAGAUCGAGGAGUGGCUGCCCGAGGCCAUGGAGAAGCGCGCGCAGAGCGACUGCAGCUCGACGGCGUCCUUUGCCGGUUUGUUUAAGCAGGCUCUACUGACUGGUCAAGGGGUCUUCUGA